AUGCAGUUCAACUUGGAGUGUGAGGAAGUGGAGUGCGCCCAGAGAGAGAUCUACGGCAAUGUAUGGGCCGCCAAUGAGGCAGCUGCGGCGAUGGGACCAUCUCCUCAGGCAGACUCAGGAGCAGCGGGGCGGGUUCUGCUGGAGCGGUGGGUGCUGUCGUACGCGCCGGCGCUGCCGUCGGACGCCAAGGCGGGCGCAGGCCGGCCAAUGACGUCGCGGCUGGAGCCGGCCGCCAUCUACAAGCGCAUGGUUAUUGCGCUGCGUUCCCUCUUCUCCUACGUCCGCGUCCUCCCCACCUAUAGCCUCUUCAAGGAUUGCGCGCAGCAGCAGGGGAGGGGGUGCGCGAGUCUGCAGUACCGGAUCAGCAGGGGCAUGCCCGGCACGGUCGCACCCAGAGCGGCCCCGCUGCCGCCGCGGCCGGAGCACUUUGGGUUCACUCCCGUUGAGACGUCGUACGGCCUCUUCCGCAUGAGCGUCGAGUUUGCGCACAGAGACAUCGUGACCAUGCUCAAGAAGACCACAUCCCCUGGGCCAGUCGCGCAGCCCUUCACAACACAGCAGCCGGCGCUGCGGCGGCACAGCUGGACGCCACACGGCCUGCGCACAGCGCUCAGCACGAUGCAGAGAACGCCAAGUCAGGCAUCCCCCUCCCUCCCCGCCACCACCAACAGCGCCAGCGAGGCCGGCAGGCAUGCAUUCUCAGGGCCCGUUGCCGCCCAGUCGCCCGGCCAUGACAGAGGCGGCUACAUGGCCAAGCUUGCCACCCACAUCGAGUCUGACGAGGCGACAGGCGCGACGGGGCCGGCCCAGGCCCAUGCCUGGAUGACGCCACCUAAGCACCCCGGGACUCCCACCUCCCCCCACUAUGCAGCCACCACCGGCGCUGUCCGCACAUGGAGCCGAGCCGCCGCCAAUCAGGAGGCGCUGCUGGCAAAGACUCGGCAGACGGAAGUUCAGGAGCGCAUGAUGCAGCAGGCCAGUGGUGGACGGCCAUCGCCAGAGCACGCCCCCGACCAGGAGGCUGCGGCGGGAGGUGGACCGCGGCAGAGCAGCGCGCCGGUGUGCAUCCCCGGGGCUUCGGAGGGAACGCACCGCAGCCGCAUCCACUCCUCCGGCGACCUCGCCGCCAUGCAGCGCCGCAACGCCUCCCCACGGCCCUUAAAGACUGUGAGGUGGACGAGCGGUGUCAUAAAGACUCCAGCGUCGGCGCCGGCAGCGUCUGCUGCAGUGAGCCUGGAUCAGCCGCCGCACCUGCAGGAGGUGGACUUGGAGCCCAUCAGCGCUCGCACCACCGGCUUCAACGUUCCCCUGCAGCCUGACAGGGUCCCUCCUGGCAGCAGCAGAUCGCUGCUGCGCAAGGACAGCGGCCAGGCCGCGUCAAGCGGCGGCUCGGGCCGGCGGCCGUCGUUCGGCAGCGGAGGAUCCGCACAGCCUCCGCCGACGCCGCCGAUACUGGGCGGCGGCCUGGGGGCCGGCCCCGGCAGCGAGAGCAGCGGCAGCGUGGCAUCCUCCUUCCCGGCCUCCUGCUCGCCCCAGCUUCCCUUCGCGUUCACACCCUCUGCGCUGUCACUGUCGUCUCUCCACUCGGGCCAGAGUGGGGGCCUGCACGCAGGAGCCGGCAUGGCAGCAUCACCGGCGGCCGUCGGCCCGGGAGCGCUGACGGUGUUCCGGCGGCGGUCUGUGGGGGCGUCCCCGCGCUCGAGCGCUUUUGAUCUGCCACCUCCGGGCGCGCUGGGGUACUCGCUGUCGCCGGUGCAGGGCAGCCUGGAGUCUUCCCUCAUGGGCGCCUCCACUCCGCGCUACCCCUGCACUCUGCCCCUCAUCCUGCCCUCCUCCUACCCCUCGCCCCUGCUCCCCGCCGGCCGGGGCGUGGCGGCGUCCGGGGGCAGCUUCAGCAGCAUGGUGGGGCCGCCCCGGCUGACCUACCCGAGCUCAGGGUCAACGGGGGACCCCGCUGAGCUGGCGGCGCUGCCCAGCGAGGAGGCCGAGGCGGACGUGCUGCCAUUCGCCCUCGACGCGGACGCCGUGCCGGCCUCGCCGCAGCCGCCUGUUCCCCUGCGCAUGUCACUGGGCGGCACGCCAUCCCCUCCAGAGCUGGAUGAGGAGGUGGGCGCAUUCGUGCGCGCCAUUCAGGAGGCGCCGCUGUCGCUAACGCGCGGGGGUGUUCCCUCCGCGCUUGCUCAAGCCGGCCCGGCGCCGCCGCCGAGCCGGCUGACGCUUCAGGCCGGCCUGGACCAGCUUGCGCGCUUCAAGGCCCGCGUGGAGGCCUCCUGA